AUGCCUACAUACUUUCAGAAACCAGAAAAUGCUCUCAAAAGAGCAGAUGAGUUUAUUGAUGUUGGGAAAAGGCAAAGAGCUCUUGAUGCAUUGUAUGAUGUUAUCAAAAGUAAGAAACAUCGAACAUGGCAGAAAACUCACGAGCCCAUCAUGGAAAAGUACCUUGAGCUGUGCGUGGAAUUGCGAAAAUCCCACAUUGCGAAGGAAGGGUUGUAUCAGUAUAAAAACAUAUGUCAACAGGUCAAUAUCAGUUCUCUAGUAGAGGUUGUAAAGAAUUAUAUUGCACUCGCUGAGGAAAAGACAGAAGCAGCCAGAAAAGAAUCACAACAGACUGUUGUUGAUAUUGAUGACCUCGACCUUCCUGAUUCCCCAGAGAGCUUACUCUUGAAGGCUGUAAGUGGGGAAGACCUUCAGGACAGAACAGACAGGGCAAUUUUAACGCCAUGGGUGAAAUUUCUGUGGGAAUCCUAUCGCCAGUGCCUGGAUCUGCUGAGAAAUAAUUCCAGGGUGGAGCGCUUGUAUCAGGAUAUUGCCCAGCAAGCAUUCAAGUUCUGUUUAAAGUAUUCAAGAAAGACAGAGUUUAGAAAGCUGUGCGAAAAUCUGCGUACACAUUUGGGACACAUACAUAAGCACCAGCACCAGCAGACUGCAAUAAACCUCAACAAUCCAGAAUCACAGGCUAUGCAUCUUGAGACUCGGCUCGUGCAACUAGACAGUGCAAUUAGUAUGGAGUUGUGGCAGGAAGCUUUCAAGGCAGUAGAGGACAUCCAUGGGCUGAUUACAUUAUCCAAAAAGCCACCUAAACCAUCACUGAUGGCUAAUUACUAUCAGAAACUGGGACUUGUCUUUUCAAAGUCUGGCAAUUAUCUUUUCCACGCUUGUACUCUGCAUCGCUUGUUCAAUCUGUCACGUGAGCAACGUAAAAAUUUAUCACAAGAUGAACUACAAAAGAUGGCUUCAAGAGUUCUGUGUGCAACUUUAGCCAUACCUAUUCCACCAACAAGAAAUGUUAUUGGUAACUUACUGGUGAUGGAUGAAAGUGCUAUGGAAAAACAGCGAAAACUUGCCACACUUCUUAUGUUGCAAACUCCGCCUACCAGGCAAACACUGGUGAAGGACUUGGUGAGACAUGGUAGCAUUCAGUUUGCAUUCCCAGAGCUUCAGAAUUUGUACCAAUUUCUUGAAGUUGACUUUCAUCCAUUGAAUUUGUACAAAAAAGUCAAGCCUGUCAUAGACUUCAUUGAACAGAAUGAUGAUCUGGCACAGUAUGUCCCACAGCUGGAGGACAUCAUUAUCACUCGAGUGUUGAAGCAGGUUGCACAAGUGUAUCUGCAGAUAAAGUUCAGCCGUUUUGCAUCUCUUGUUCCUUUUGCUUCUGAGAAUCGAUUGGAAGGGGUCAUUGUGGAUGCGGCAAAAGCCUUAGAACUUCAGGUUAGAAUCGAUCAUCGUACACUUUCACUAAGUUUUGGCACAGACUUGGGUGUAUCACAGAAAGAAGAUAUUCCAGAAGGGCCUUACAUUCAGAGCAUGCCAAGUGAGCAGAUUCGUAAUCAAGUCAUAAACAUAGCCCAGGCCCUCAACCAGGCUGUAGAAAUCAUCGGCCCAAAAGAAAGCACACAAGAAGAAGAGGAACUGAAAGCUGCCAUUCUUAACAGCUAUCGUCUGACUGCCAAAAAAGAACAUGCUCGUAUUUUACAGCGUAGGCAGAUUAUUGAAAACCGCAAAGAACAGCUUGAACAGAAUCAAGAUCAGAGGGAACGUGAGGAAUAUGAGCAGGCAGAGGAGCACAGACGCAAAGCCUAUGAAGCUGAGAUGGCUCGUUUAGAAAGAGAGGCAGAGGAGCGAAACAGGCAAAGGCAGCAAGAAGAGCAUGAACUGAUCAAAAGAAGACAUGUAAAGGAGCGCUUGGAAGAGUUGCGCAAGACCAAAAUUUUUAACAUUGAUGAAGAGGAAAUAGCUGAUCUUGAUGUUGAGGAAAUUAUGGCCAAACAAGUUGAACAGUUGGAGAAAGAGAAGAAAGAGCUGCAAGAAAGGCUGAAAGGACAAGAGAAAAAGGUGGAUUAUUUGGCUCGCGCUAAGCGCAUCGAAGAGUUACCACUUCUUCAGGAACAGUUUGAAGAAGAUCAAAAAACUAGACGUGAAUUUUGGGAACAGCAGGAAAAAGAACGGAUAGAAACCUUAAAACAGGAAAGAACCCAUGCAUUAGAGACAAAGGCACGUUUGAUACAGAUGAAGGUUGACCUUGACAUUUUCACCAGUAACCUGAAGAAAAACAAAAAAUCAGAAUUUGAGGAGAAACUUAAAGACUUUGAGAAGCAAUUGACAGAAGAGAGGCGCAAAAGACUGCUGGAGCGAAAAGCUAAACGAAAAGAAGAAAGAAGACAGAAGUGGUUACAGGAAAAAGAAGAAGCUGCUCAAAGAGCUCAGGAUGAACUAUUGAAGCAAGAGAGAGAGGCAAAAGAGCGAGAAGAAUUAGAGAAAAGAGAAGCUGAAGAAAGAGAAUAUUUAGAACGAAAAGCCAAACUAGAUGAGCAGCUAAACAAGCAAAAGGCAAGAGAAAAGGAGAUUGAAGAAAGAGAAGCAAAGCGAAAGGAUGAAGAGAAAAAACAACAUGAACUUCGUCGGACGAAUGAAAGAGUUAGUAGUACUACAGCCAGAGAACCUGAAGGAGAGUGGCGCAGAGGAGAACCUGCAUCAGAGGAUCAAGGAAUUGAGGGUAAAUCCUGGAAGCCUAAGGUUGGUGGCUGGAGAGAACGUGAAUUAGAGAAAGAAAACAGCUGGAAAUCAAAGAGUGAGCUACAUGUUGAUGGAGAUAUGGAAGCGCCAAAGGAUAGAGAUGAAUAUAUGGAACGUAAUUUUAAGAGCUCUCCAAGAGAACAUGAGAGGGACGACAUACGAGGGCCUAGAGAUGAUAGAGACAUACGAGGGCCUAGAGAUGACAGGGACUUACGAGGGCCUAGAGAUGAUAGGGACUUACGAGGGCCUAGAGAUGAUAGGGACUUACGAGGACCUAGAGAUGAUAGGGACUUACGAGGACCUAGAGAUGAUAGGGACUCACGAGGAGCACGAGAGGAUAGAGGACUUUCACGGGAUGAUUUUAGAGGCCCCCCAAAGGAUGAUAGAGAUUUUAGGAAAGAUCAUAAUGACUUCAGAGGUCCACCAAGAGAGGACCGCGAUUUUAGAGGAUCUCGUGGUGGUGUUACUAGCCAGGCUGCAGUUCCGUUAGUUCGUACAAGAGGCACUACUGAUGACAGGGAGAGAAAUGUUAGAGACCAAUUUCCUCCAAGAAAUGAUGACAGAAGUUCUAGAGAUGAGCGAGGACCACUGCAUCGAGAUGAAUGGCGAAGUGGACACGCAGAUGAUAGGGAUAAAACAAGACCAGACGGCGAUAAUUGGAGAUCUGGUCCAAGAGAUUCACAUUUUGAAAGCUGGAGAGAUAGACGUGAAGAUAGAGGUGCACCACCAGCACGAGAUGAUUGGAGAGGUGGUGAGAGACCUAAAGAUGGACCACAGACACGCACUAGCGUUGGUGGCAGCUGGAGAACUAGAGAUGAAGUGGUUUCUAGAGAUAUUCCACCACGUGAAAAUCAAAGAGAUGAUGUACGUAGACCAGGUGGUGAUUUAGAUGGAAGUUGGAGACGAGGUGGUCCUCCUGCUGAUAAAGAUGACAGGCGGGGCCCUAUUGACAGGAAAGGCCUUGAUGAACGCAGAGCGCCCCUUCGAGACGAUAGACUAGGACCACCACGUGAAGACAGACGUCAGCAUUCAGACCACAGAGCUGGAGACAGAGAAGAGACUUGGAGACGAGGGCUGCGCCAAGAAGAAGAUGAUGGUUGGACAACAGUUCGCUACUAA